UAAAAAUACUAUAUAUAAUAAAAUUGCUAAAUCUCCCUGAUCAUCAUUUCAAAAUUUUUUGUGUAGUUUAUUUACAAACUGUAGCUACAUAAUUCUGUGUUACCGUUUUAGUUUCGUCGGCACAAUUAACAUUGGUUCUCUAAAAGAGCAAACAUUAUACCAUGUCUGGACCUAUACAAGAUGUUGUAGAGGAAGAUGCAGCAGAUUUACAGUUCCCUAAAGAGUUUGAAAAUGCCGAAACCUUGUUGAUAUCUGAAGUUGACAUGUUGUUGGAGCACAGGAAAGCCCAGAACGAGUCUGCAGAGGAGGAACAAGAAUUCUCUGAAGUUUUUAUGAAGACCCUCACAUAUACAAACAUGUUUAAAAAGUUUAAAAAUAAAGAAACUAUAGCUGCAGUCAGAAACCUGCUUCAAUCAAAGAAACUGCACAAGUUUGAAGUAGCAAGUUUAGCUAAUCUGUGCCCGGAGACACCAGAGGAGGCCAAGGCUCUAAUACCAUCACUAGAAGGAAGAUUUGAGGAUGAAGAACUUAGGAUAUUACUGGAUGAUAUACAAACUAAGAGAAGUUUACAAUACUAGAAAAUAAUUUUAUUAUUUCCAUUUUAAGUUCGAUAUACUAAGACUGAAUUUUAAUACAUUUUGGAUUCAGUA